UAACUGCGUGUAGUCGAGUCAUUCGAUCUUGAGUCAUUCGAGCGCAAAAGAAGCGGCCUAAGAAACGUCGGUGGCGCGUUGUCGCAGUCUCGUUACUCGAGCAGAUCGUGGUUUCCCCGUAAUUGCACGAGAACAUAAAUUCCGCACAAAUGGCUGAAAACUUACGAUACAAAUUGACCCUCCCUCGGAGGUUAUGAUGGUGGUGAUCCUCUAACGUGUAGGUUAUGUAUGCGCGCAUUACAUGUGCUACCAAUGAUCGGUGAGACUGUCGAUGAGAACCUGUCUUUAUCUCCGACGAUGAGAAGGACUCUUAUUGGGCGUGGGAAACCCUCUGCUCGAUAUCUCAGCAACCGUAGACCCCGAAUUCCUGAAGAAAUAUGAUUUGAAGUCCAAUAACGCUAUUCUUGCCGAGGAGAGGCACAAACCUUUAUACGAGGAACUAAUUAACUUGUACAAAGCUGACUUUAUCGCAGGCGGAUCUGUACAGAAUUCUAUGAGGGUGGCACAGUGGUUCCUGCAAAAACCAAGAAUCGCCACUUACAUGGGCUGUGUUGGCAGAGAUAAGUACUCAGAAAUACUGGAGGAUAAAGCAACCACGGAUGGUUUAAACGUUCGGUAUCAGUACACCGAUAAAGAAGCAACCGGGAUGUGCGCGGUGCUGAUUACGGGAAAAGAACGCUCUUUGUGCGCCAAUUUAGCGGCAGCGAACUGCUUCUCGCCGUCGCACAUCGAAAACCCGGAGAACAAGCAGUUGAUAGACAUCGCAAAGUACAUCUACAUAUCGGGAUUCUUCUUGACGGUCAGCCCGGAAAGCAUACAAGCCGUGGCGAAACGCGCGUACGAGAACGACAAAAUGUUCAUGAUGAAUCUGAGUGCUCCGUUUCUCUGCGAGUUCUUCCGGCAACCGAUGCUAGCUGCGCUUCCCUACGUGGACAUCCUGUUCGGCAACGAAACGGAAGCGGAGACGUUUGCGAAGGUCAACAAUCUUGACGCGACGGAUAGGAAGCAGAUCGCGCUGAAGAUAUCGGAAAUGGAGAAGAUUAAUAACAAGAGGAAAAGAAUCGUUGUGAUAACGCAGGGUGCGGAAGCGGUACUUUUAGCGAAAGACGGUAGAGUGACGGAGCAUCCUGUUACAAAACUGCCGCAAGACAAAGUUAUAGAUACUAACGGCGCCGGAGAUGCCUUUGUUGGCGGUACGAGUGUGAAAGUUUUCUUCAUUGCGACACAGCAAGAAUUCAAACAGAUCAUUAAUCGAGAAAAUCGGUUUUUCAGGCUUCCUCGCACAGCUCAUACUUGGGAAAGAUAUCGAGACGUGCGUGAAGUGCGGCAUCUGGGCGGCGACGCAGAUCGUACAGAGGUCCGGUUGUACUUACGAGGGAAAGCCAAAUUUCCAGUCCUGAUUGACAUGCAAUUGUUAGCAAUUGUGUACUUAAAUAAAAGAUUUUAACGUUUUUCUACCUUAA